AUGUCUUUUCUGUUUGACCAGCAAACUGCCCGGGCGGCUCUGGGACUAACCUCGCUGAUUGAUCCCAUUCUGAAUGGCUGCGCAGAGUGCUAUACGCAGUACUCCGAAUGUGGCCUUAACAAUGUCUUUUACAGCCGUAACAUGAUGUCCCAACUCCUGUACUCAGUGAGGCAGGCGGCUGCGGGUUGGCUCUCGGUGAGCGGGGAGGACGCCUCCCAAGGCUGCCUGCUCUCCUGGCCGUGCCUGGGCGCUCCCCGCUGCAGCGAGUGCCGGGGCCCGCUGAAGGCCUCACUGCCGGACCUGGGCUCGGUGGCCACUCUGCGGGGGGACAGCAUCGUUUUCCUGGCCAGUGGCAUCCAGGGCCCGGGCCCGGGCGGUUGGGCAGCCCUGCAGUGCUGCCUGGGCCAGCACUUUGUGGUGUUGCUGGAGAGGAACGAGCAGCACGGGGGCCGGCAUUGUUUUCUGCUGCUGGUGCUGCUCCUGGGCACGGCCCGGCAAGCCGAGAGGUUCUCCUACCGCCUGGUUCUGAGCCGCCAGCGGCGACGCCUGACCUGGGAGGCCAGUCCCCGCGGCCUGACCGGCACCGUCUCCCCGUCUGCCGCCACCGCCGCCGAUAGCCUGGUGUUCGACACCGUCGUCGCUCAACUCUUCGCCGACAACGGGAGCCUCGCCAUCAACGUGACCAUAUCGAGCUGCCCGUGA